ACACAGUCUACAUCUUAUCAAGAGCAUUGUACUCUGAUUACUUCUUUAAGUUUUCAGCUGCAGCACAACAUAAUAGCAUGGCAUAUUUCAAAGGAGUUUUCCAUAUAUUAAUAUUUUAAAUAAUUAAUUUAGAAACAUCACACUCCACCUACAUUUUUUUGUGCAUCCCAUUAAACAGGGCAAAUAUACAAAAAAUAUAACCAGAAAUUACAAGACAACCAGAAGUAAUUUUAUUGGACAUUUUUACACUUCUGUUUUACAUCUGACUGUCAUAUCCAUUCAUUAAAAGGCAACUCUGACAAAAAGUGAAAAAAAAAAUUAAAAGCAAGAAAACAUACAAUAUAAAGAAGUCUGCUACAUAAAGAAUCAAAAUUACAUUAACUAAAACUACAUUUUGAACUUGUGCAUCUUAAAUUCUGAAUAUAUUUGAAAAAUACUCAUAACCUUCUAUAAGUCUGCAAAACACAUAAUUUUCAAUGAACUUAAACAACAGUUUCUGGGUACUCACUAUAUCAUGUAGAAGCAAAAACACUUGAUAAACAGUUCUGGUAAGGUCUGUUCUGAUCAGGUCACCAAUGCAAAAUCCAUAACUUUCCUUGAACCCUUAUUUUUCUAUAUUUAUUCCUUUCUAUAUUUAUUUCCUGGGAUGAAAUCUCACCUAGAACAUGAAGUGUGCUUCAUUUUCAAAUCACAAGCAGUUAAAACACUUGUUUCCCAUCGUGGUUUUGUGCAUUUCACAUCCUCCUCAGUCAGCAAAACUAGACAGGAGCUUUGCACACAGAGAUAUGCUGGCAGGGGCGAUUACUUAGAUGUUUAAGAGCCACCUCAGAGCAUUACAUUUUGCCUGGCUCAGCAAGUCAGGAGUACAAGACAAUCCUCCUGACUUCAAAACUCUGGGAUAUUCCCCCGCCGCUGGGCAAGUCGUGUGCUGCUCCAAAAUCACUCUGUUCCAAAGUAUUUCACUGGGAUUCAUACCUCUAACACUCCCCAUUGCAAACUGUAACUAUAAAAAGUUUCUCCCAAAUUUAGACUCUACUGUGUGCAAAUUUCAUCAUAAAAGGAAAUGCAGACAUUUUAAUACUUUCCAUGUGAUUUUUUUACUUGUUGAAAUGUAGCAUAGCAUCUCUUUUAUGUGUCAGAUUCUGAAAAAAUAUUUUAUUUUCCUUUUAAAGUUAUUACAUACUUACAAUUACACAUGAGAAAUGUGUGAUGACAUCUUUUCCUGGUAUACUCCUAUAUACUUAUAUAUAUUUCUCAUCAAGAAAAUAAGGCAGGCCUGGACUACAAAAUGAGUUUUGUGCCAUUUAAUUUUACCAGAUUUUGCCACCACGCAAGUUCCUGGGACUACAAACAACAGUGCACUGACAAGAAACAGGAAACCACAGAAUCACUCACCUGAACAGGUUACUUACAGGUAGAGAAAGUUUAACAUCAUGAAAAUACUGAAAAUUUUGUUUCAAAAGGUGCUACGCUCAACUCACUAAUGAGAAUGAGAAUUCACCAUCAAAAAUCGUCUUCUUUCUCAUUUGAUUAUCUCAGAGAAUUUGCUUCCCCUCUGUACUGCCUGGUAACAACUUAAGAAUUUAAAAACAAAAUCUUACCUUGUGAGCAAAGGAACGUCUCUUAAGAGACUGAUUUGGUUUAAGGACUAAAUGCAAGAUUAUAUUAAGGGUAGCAACACAAACAGAACAAACACACAGCCACGUGAGGUGCGUUCCCAGGACGCUGAAUCCGUCCAGGAAGAAAGCCGGGGCCACGGCGGCCAGGACGAUGGCCAGGGCGCAGAGCAGGUUGGCAGCCAGGAGCCUCCUGAUCUCCGCCUCCCUCAUGGCGUCCGGCGGCGGCACCUGCAACACACCGCGCCCCGCCCCGUCACCCCCGCGCCGCGGCGGCGCCGCAGGGCGGCAUCUUCCCCGGCCGCGACGCGCAGGGCAGAGCUGUGGGGCCAGGCAGGGGCGAAGGGGAGGAUUUUGGGGCGGGAAACAGCGUUUGUCCAAAAACACCAAACCCCGCGCGGGCUCUUACCGCGGAGCGCGCGGCGCCGCCCGGCAGCGGAAGGCGGCGGGGCCGGGCCGGCGGCACCUCCGGGGCGGUGCCGGAAGCGGCGGCGGCUGCGGAGGGGCCGCCAUGGUGUGCGACAAGUGUGAGAAGAAGCUUGGAACGGUGAUCACUCCUGAUACAUGGAAAGAUGGUGCAAGAAACACUACAGAAAGCGGUGGUCGCAAAUUAAAUGAAAACAAGGCAUUGACUUCAAAGAAGGCAAGGUUUGAUCCUUAUGGAAAGAACAAAUUUGCAAUAUGUCGGAUUUGUAAGAGUUCUGUCCACCAGCCAGGGUCCCACUAUUGUCAAGGAUGUGCCUAUAAAAAAGGCAUCUGCUCAAUGUGUGGCAAGAAGGUCUUGGAUACGAAGAACUACAAGCAAACGUCUGUCUAAUUGUACUGACUAGUCUUUUUAUGAACUUUACCUUCUGUGUCUUUGUACAGUAACUUUUCUCUAAAAUGAUUUGUGAAUAUUUCUGGAAGAUAGUACUUGGAAUGUGAGGUAAAGACAGCCUGCUGGCCUAAAAUGUACAUAAUAUUCGAUUAUUGUUGUUUUAGCACUAAUAUUAACUGGUAUUUAAAGUUUGUUUUUUUUUAAUGGCUUUCAGCAACUGUUAGAGUUCAAAGGGAAGGAGAAGAUGCAAGUGGAUAGGUUGAAACUAGAUGACCAUCUAAACACAGAUCUUUGAGAUGAAUACUUUUUUUUUCCCUAUCACAAGUCUUCUGCUUGUCUCAUGGUAAUGUUUUAUAGAUGUAUAAAAUAUGAACUUGCAUCAACUCAUUAAAGUAUCUUCAUUUAGUUGUAUGCCUAUAAGUAUUUAUAAUUAUUCUCAUCCCAAACUAUUAUGACCUUGCUCUUCAGAUUUUAAUGCAAUUGUCCUGUUUUAUUUUGUUUCUGUGUAGAGUGUGGGUGGUUAAAUCACAAAUUUUUAAGCUAGUGAAAUCUGGUGUGUUGCCCUGCCAGUUCUUUCUUUGGCAUUGUUGUGAUUUAGCUCCAGCCAGCAACCAAGCCCCACAGAGCUGCUCCCUCACUCCCCCACCAUCAGGACUGGGGAGAGAAUUGGAAGGGUAAACGCCCUAAAAAUGUGGGAUAAAGACAGUUUAAUUGGGAAAACAAACCAGAGAAUUAACUCACUAAUUCCCAUGGGCAGGCAGGUAUUCAGCCAUCUUCAGGAGAGCAGGGCUCCAUCACCCAUUGUGGUUUCCUGGGAAGACAAACUGAUCACUCAGAAUGUCCCCCCCUUCCUCCUCUUCCUCCCACUUUAUACACUGAGCAUAUGGUCAUAUGGUGUCAUAUGGUCUGGAAUAUCCCUUUGGUCAUUGGGGUCGCCUGUCCUGGCUGUGUCUCCUCCCAGCCUCCCAGAUAGCUCCAGCUUCCUUCCCAUUGUGGCAGUGCAAAAGGCAGAAAAGCCCUUGGCUCUGUGUAAGCCCUGCCCAGCAAUAACAAAAACAUUUCUGUAUUAUCAACUCUGUGUUCAGCACAAAUCCAGAACCCAGCCCAAAUUACCCACUAACAGUGAAGAAAAUGAACUCCACACCAUCCAAAACCAGCACAGGCAUUAGGACUGAUCAGCUAUUCCCUUGUUACCUUCCAAGGAGACUUUACAUAUGGUAUCAGGUGGCCCAAGGCAAUGAAAUAAUGAGCAUCAAUUACUAAAUAUCUCAGUUUCAUAGUAUUUUAAGUUAGUCUGUCUUUUAAACACUGGGUUUGCGUUCUGUGAUAUAAUUGCUUAUAUGCAUGUCAAAUUUAAAAGAUCAAAGCAGGCUGCUUGCUUUUCAGCUCUGGUUUGAUACAAGGAGUCAGUCUCUGAACAUGAGAGGCUGACUGUGGCUCUGCAAUUCUUUUGUCUUUUACUUAGUUUCUACAUAUGAAAGCAAUUUCUGUUAUGGAGCAUAAUAAUUACUGCCUUUGAAUGUAUUUUAAGAAAAAUAAUUAUUCAUUCUCAAUUUAGGGCAAAGAAUUAUUAAUUCUUAAUGCAUGGUGAAGUUUUUACUAGACCUAUUUAAGUGUUUACUCCCCUGCAACCUCCUCUUGGCAAUUUCACGCCUCUGCAACUGUCUUUCAACUGUAACAGAAAAACUAUCAAUGGGAAUUUCCCUAUGAACAGAUUCUGUUUUGGGUUUCCUUUUGUUCUCAUAUUAUUAGAGAAGAAACUGCAUGACUAAUGGAAAAUUGCUGCUCUUUCUGUGGGGCAAAAUGAAGAACACUGGGCUUAUAGUUAUCCUCUUUGCUGUUGCCUUCCUGCCAUGCAGUAGUUGUGCUGCAAGUAGCCAUCUAAAGGGGAUUGUCUUACAUUUCCUGUCAUCCUUAUCUGUCAAUUUUUGAGCAUUUAUCACCAAAGUUUCAUAUUCAAAUGUGUUGGCUUCCUGCAGUUGCUAAAAAGAUAAUUAUUUUCGGCAUGUUAUGUUUGCUGAGAAGUUUUGUCAGGAUAGUGGAAUGAGCAAAGAGAGGAAUGCUGCUGCUUUUUAUUGCAAGAGCUUCUCCUACUGUAACAUCUGCAUGGAGGUGCAUGGAUUAGCUGGCUGGUGAUAACUUGGUGCUGGCCACUUGUUUCCAAACACAUCAAGGAAUUCUCAUAUUACUGUAUAUCUCUAUGACACAUCCUUUAUAUGGGUGAGAAGAAAAUGUCUGUAAUUGGCUUCAAGUUUCACAGCAAAUCUUGUCAGCAGUGUGUGUGACAAUUUCAGGUGGCAGGUUCUCCAGUAAUCCCUGAACUCUUCACCCUUUUUUGGAUAUCUGCUAUAGGAUUGAUUGAUUUUUGCUAUUCUGUGAAUAAAACUUCUCUUCCUAAAAC